AAAGGUCACACUGCUGAUGUGUGUUGGCACCGUCUCAAUCCCAAUUACACUCCAGUGAACAAGCAGACCAAAUCAAACAAUGCUCUGCUAUCGACUAACGUGCUAUCCACAGACGAUUGGUAUCUUGACUCGGGCGCCUCUUCGCACAUGACAAACUCUAUGGACAAUCUUGAUAAUGUCAAAGAGUACAGAGGUUCGGACAACGUUUCUAUCAAGGAUGGAAGAACGUUACCCAUUGCUCAAUCGGGCACAGGCAUUCUUCCCACCUCGACUCGAUCUUCUUACAAAUCAACAUAUUCUCAACGGUAGCAGUAAAAAUGGGAUGUAUAGGAUCUCCUCCAAUCAGCAAACCGACGGGACCAAAGCCCUGUACACAUCUUCAAUCACUGCUUAUGACUGGCACAAGAGGCUUGGGCAUCCAAAUCAUCAAGUCAUCCGGAAUAUCUCCAACAGCAAUGCUAAUCUUCAUAUACCAAUUGUUUUCGAUUUUCUUGUAACUCCUGUAAGACUUGCAAAAGUCAAAAAUUAUCUUUUCCCAAUUCUACUAACAGAAAAAGAAACAUUCUUGAGCUUGUGCAUUCUGAUGUUUGGGGACCUUAACCGGUUCCCUCACAUCAAGGAUUUGGCUAUUAUGUACUUUUCAUCGAUGAUUUUUCUCAUUUAACG